AUGAAUAAAAGAUCAUCCUUCGAUGAAGUGCUUCUUUACGAUCCUCAAAGGAUCUACUCAGUGAACACCAAUAUCAGAAAGUCGAAUCUCUAUUCAAAAUACAUUUGGACUCACAAUCUUCAUAGCCUCAAUAGAGUUUCAAAACCAACGACACGGUUACAGUCACCUGCUUCUCAAGAGAAGCCUAAACCUACAAAAAAUCGUCACGCGAGAUCUCAAUCGGAGCUAAUUCAAGUAGAAACCUUGACCCUCCCACGCCUUACUUCUUCACAAUUAUCAGCAGAAAAGCAACCCAAUGAAAAUUUAACAUCUGAGCAAAUCACUCUAGAUGAUAAAAUCAAAGCAAAGAAUGUCAAAAGAAAAGAAAUUACCUUGACUGAAACUUUAAGUGGUCAUUUUGAUACCAUCAAAAAAAUGGUCGCACUGCGAAAAAGCGAAUCAGAAAUUGAUUUCAAAAUUAACGAGCUUGUCAAAGAUGCGAGAGGAAAAAGAUUAUUAAAUGCACAGAAAUAUGAAGAAACCGAAAGAAAUUUAUUCGACCCUAAAAACGUAUUUUCUGAAGGGACUAAAAAAUCAAGCCAAGAUUUUUUAAAUUUAAUUAUGAAUGUACACAAAGAAAUGAGCCCAGAAAGCCAUAAAGUUAUAAUAUCAAACACAAUUAGCAGCCCUCCUAGGAAUAAUAUCAAGCAGAAAUCAAUUAAGGUAUCACUUAUUCAGAUUAAUUUUAAUGACGAAAAACCAAUAACUAAAGGAAAAAUUCUUGAGUUUAAGAUGAGGGAAAGGGAAAGUUUCACAAGAAGCAAAACCUAUGGAAAAACCUUUAUGCGAAUUCCUUUCACUGUAUUUACUAUUUAGCUAUUCAGAGAGCCAACAGAAGAACAAAAUAAAAAUUCGUAA